UUGAUUGUAUAGGUUUGAUGAGCUACGAGACAGAAUUCAGAAGAAAGAUGACGAUUCUAAAUAUAAAUUUGAUAAUUCUACAACUCAGAUGUGCAAUGACAUGAUAAAAACCCUGGAGGGCUCCCGAGGAAUACAGUUUCUAUGGAGCCAAGUUAAACCUUUCAUCCGGGGCAAAAUACUUUACACUCCAGAUACUCCCGUUACCAGGAGAUUGGUCGAAGUCGUAAACCGGACUUUUCAACCCUUGGAGACAAUUAAACUCUACCUAAAGAACUGGACAGUUUCCUAUUCUCUUGUUUUACAAGAUUUCCUGCUUGAUCCUAACAAUCAAGAGAGCAUCAAGAAUUUUUUCACAAGCCCUGAAGGACCAUUCCAAUACGCACUCCAGCUUGGAGAAGAAAAGAACAUAACCUUAAAUCAGACUGAUAUCAAUAACACUUUAGAGAAGUAUUUUAACGGAAACUUUAGUGAUACCUGGAAUAGUACUCUCAUUAAACUUGACGAAUUUAUUAAAAAUGUUUCUAACUACCUCGAGUGCUUUGAAACUGAAAAAUUUGAAGCUGUUUCGUCAGAACAUGCAUUAGAAAAGCGUGGUCUUGAACUCAUUGCAACUAAUCAGCUGUGGGCAGGUCUCGUCUUCCCCGAUAUAACUGAAGAUCUAAUGAAACUGCCGAGGUUUGUGAGCUACAAAAUCAGAAUAGAUGCUGACAAAGUGGACAGCACUAAACGAAUAGAAGAUAGGCUAACAAUGAGAGGUCCAAGAAGAAGACCUGGCAUAGAUUUGAAGUAUCUCUAUUUUGGGUUCAGUUAUCUCCAAGAUUUGGUAGAAAGAGCAAUAAUUCACAUUCAUACAGGGCGGAACAUAUCAUCUUUACCUGGAAUAUUUAUGCAGCAGGAACCAUACCCCUGCUAUAUAGAAGACAGGUUUAUACUUGCAAUCUUCUUCUAUAUUUAG